AUGCACAAAUCCGAAUCGGCAUCUAACAUUGAUGUCGUUGAUUAUGACGACAUGUUUAAUAUAUCAGGGGAAAUGUGGUUCAAUUUGUCUUGCGACAACCUCAAGAUCCGAAACCAGUUCUCCAAGAACAUUGUAGAACCAGUCAUUUGUGGGUGUGGAAUUGCAGGCAUCAUUCUAACCAUGGUCGUGCUGAGCCGCAAGAUUAUGUGUACCUCCACUAACUGCUACCUGACCGCUCUAGCGGUGGCCGAUCUACUCUUCCUGCUGAUCCUGGCUUCACGACUCUACGUCGACAAAAUGGAGAACUGUGACUUCCAUCUCAGCAGUAGGGCAGCUUUGUUUUUCGUCUACUCAAUUAUCUUCAUGGAUGUCUUCCAUUAUCUGACAGUGGGCAUCACCGUCAUGUUGGCUGUGGAACGAUACGUGGCCAUCUGUCAUCCUUUGAAGGCGCUGGCUUUCUGCACGGUGAGACGAGCACGCAUCAUAAUUGUGAGCCUGACGAUUGUGUCGUUUAUUCUGAGAUCUCCAAAGUUUUUCGAGCUGGAUAUUAGCCAUAGAGAAGUGGAGGGGCGGGCCAGGGAAAUGAUUGUUACAUAUGUUUAUCUUUACAAUGAAGGCAUCUACACGUAUAUCGUCACAGGUUUUCUCUUGACCUUCCUACCACUGGUCAGUCUGUCCGUCCUGAACCUUCGGCUGGUCAUGGAAAUCAGAAGGUCGUACAGAUACCUGCAGCACCACCUGGGAAUGGACUGGCACGUCCGGUCAGUGGCGUACAAAGAAGAACAUAAGAUGACUAUUAUGUUGGUCAGUGUGGUCAUGGCGUUCUUUAUAUGUCAGACUCCAUACAUGAUAUACAGCUUCAUUAUCGCUAUCGAGAAAUUUGAAGUCACAGAGAUGCCUACUGUGUCCUGGUGGGGGUUCUUCAAGUGUCUCUGCAACAUCCUGCUGGCCCUCAAGUCAUCCUGCAACUUCGUCCUCUACUGCUGGUUCUCUGAGAAGUUCUGGACUACCUUUAAGAGAAUCUUCUGCCUGCAGCGUUGUCCACCCACACAGCCCACGAUUCAGCCCAGCGAGAUCUGCUACAACCAUGUGAAAAGUAUUACCCAGCAGUCGUGUCUCAUCACUAAAGAGACAACUUGUUAG